AUGACUUCUGUCCCCACAGCCAACUGGAGUGUGAACACAAGCAGCAGGUGGAAUGCGAGCCUUGCUGAGUCGGGGGAUCUCUGGGGACAGGCACAGGGAGCACUGGCUGGAAAUGCUUCUCCUCCUGUAGUAUCCUCAGCAGCCAACUUCUCCAAUCAGUUUGUGCAACCAUCUUGGCGCAUUGCCCUGUGGUCUCUGGCGUAUGGCGGGGUGGUGGCAGUGGCUGUCUUCGGAAAUCUCAUUGUCAUCUGGAUCAUCCUAGCUCACAAGCGCAUGAGGACAGUGACCAAUUACUUCCUGGUGAACCUAGCCUUCUCAGAUGCCUCCAUGGCUGCUUUUAAUACACUCAUCAACUUCAUCUAUGCACUGCAUAGCGAGUGGUACUUUGGAGAGGCUUACUGCCGCUUCCACAACUUCUUCCCCAUCACAGCUGUCUUUGCCAGCAUCUACUCCAUGACAGCGAUUGCAGUGGACAGGUAUAUGGCCAUUAUUGAUCCCCUGAAACCCAGACUCUCUGCAACUGCUACCAAGGUUGUCAUUGGAAGCAUAUGGAUUUUGGCUGUUCUGCUGGCCCUUCCCCAGUGCCUCUACUCCAUAACCAAGGUGAUGCCUGGGAGAACUCUUUGCUAUGUAGCAUGGCCAGGUGGUCCAAAACAGCAUUUUACGUAUCAUCUCAUUGUGAUUGUGCUGGUCUACUGCUUUCCACUGCUUGUCAUGGGCAUCACUUACAGCAUAGUAGGAAUUACCCUCUGGGGAGGAGAAAUCCCAGGUGACACAUCUGACAAAUAUCAUGAGCAGCUCAAAGCUAAGAGAAAGGUGGUAAAAAUGAUGAUUGUGGUUGUGCUGACAUUUGCCAUCUGCUGGCUGCCAUACCACAUUUACUUCAUAGUUACUGGGAUCUAUCAACAAUUAAAUCGGUGGAAAUACAUUCAGCAAAUCUAUUUGGCCAGCUUUUGGCUUGCCAUGAGCUCUACAAUGUACAAUCCCAUUAUCUACUGCUGUCUUAAUAAGAGGUUUCGAGUUGGCUUCAAGCGAGCCUUCCGCUGGUGCCCCUUCAUUGAGGUGUCCAACUACGACGAGCUGGAGCUCAAAGCAACCAGGUUACAUCCCACCCGGCAAAGCAGCCUAUACGCUGUGUCCAGAAUGGAGUCCAGUAUGACUGUAGUGUUUGACACUAAUGACGGAGUUAAUUCCCAGGCCAAUCAUAAGAAAAAGGCAACUGCAAGGGAUGUGAGCUUCAACGGCUGUUCACGCAAAAAUUCCAAGACCACCUCUACAACCUCAAGUUUCAUCGGUUCACCAUACAUAUCAACAGAUGACUAUUCCUAA